AUGGUGUGGAGUUCAAACAGAGACCAGAUGGUGCAAGAAAAUGCAACCCUGACACUCACCUCCACGGGAGAACUCGUGUUAGAAGAUUCAGAUGGUAAUCUCGUCUGGUCUACAAAUACAUUUACCCAAGCUUUUCUAAGGAGGGUGAUACACGAAUCUGGGAACCUGGUUCUCUAUAAGACGUCCGGUGGAAUCAUCUGGCAAUCUUUUGAUUAUCCAACUGAUACCAUUCUGCUAGGGCAGAAGUUAAAAUAUCCCCAGGCACCUGCAGGUUUAGAGUUAUCUUAUACCCAGCUCGACAACCAGUCCAUCCAUAUUUACUCUCAAGGAGGACGAUCAACGUGCAGCUGUCCAAGAGAUGGCGAUACUUUUAAACCGAUCGAUGUCACAAAACCUAAUUCAGGAUGUGCUCGGCGCGUUCCUCUUGUGUGCUCAGAGAAAAGUAGGCUCAAAGAUCAUCACUUUUUGGAACUGGAGCACGUUUUGAUUUUUACUUAUUUUUAUGAAAGUUCUUCCACGCCAGGGUUGGUGUCGAGAGAUGCAUGUAAAACAUUUUGCCUCGAAGAUUGCUCUUGCAAAGCUUCUUUUUUCAGGUACGCGGCCAAUUUUUCGAGUGGUUAUUGCUAUCUAGAUUCCAAUAUCUAUUAUAUGAAAACAAACAGUCCAGUAGAUGAGUUUUACAAUUCCAUUGCUUAUAUUAAAGUCCAGUCUAAGGGAAAGCACAAUAAGUACUUAGUUGUCAUCAUUUGUGCUUCUGUGGGCGGAGCAAUAACUCUGUUAAUCUUAUUGUGGGCUUGGAUAAAUAAGUCUCAAAAUGGCAGACAGCAGAAAGAAAAGGAUGAAGAUGAAGAUGAGGAUGAUCACGGAAAUUGGCCAGCAGGCUUACCUCUGCGUUACACAUUCCAGGAAUUAAAGAAUGGUACUAAUAAUUUUAGUGUUAAGCUGGGAAGCAGAGGAUUCGGUUCAGUUUAUGAAGGUGUUUUGGCUGACGGCUCAAAGAUAGCAGUGAAGCGUCUGGAUGGAGCAGGAGAAGGCUAA